AUGAAGUCUUCACAGGGAACAGAAGAUUAAAACAACUGUACUGCUACUUGAUUCUACUGAUCGGAUCACCAUGCUCAAGUUCAAUGGCUCAGUCUUCAUGCCGUCUGUACUGACACUCAUUGGGAUUCCUGGCUUGGAAUCAGUGCAGUGUUGGAUUGGGAUUCCAUUCUGUAUCAUGUACCUCAUUGCUGUGAUUGGGAAUGCCCUAAUUUUACUUAUAAUCAAAUAUGAAACCAGCCUCCACAAACCCAUGUACAUUUUUUUGGCUAUGUUGGGAGCCACAGACCUUGCACUUAGCACCUGUAUCCUUCCCAAGAUGUUAGGCAUUUUCUGGUUUCAUUUCUCAAAGAUAUACUUUGAAGCCUGCCUUCUACAAAUGUGGCUUAUUCACUCAUUCCAAGGAAUUGAAUCAGGUGUCUUAUUGGCAAUGGCCCUCGAUCGCUAUGUUGCCAUCUGCCACCCUCUGAGACAUGCCAUCGUCUUCUCCCAACAACUCUUGACUCGCAUCGGAGUUGGGGUGACGCUCAGGGCUGCCAUUCUUAUAGCACCAUGCAUAAUGCUCAUCAAAUGUCGUCUUAAACUCUUCCGCACUACCAUCAUCUCCCACUCUUACUGUGAGCACUUGGCCAUUGUGAAACUGGCUUCAGAAGAUGUCCGAAUCAACAAAAUAUAUGGUCUAUUUGUUGCCUUCUCCAUCUUAGGGUUUGACAUAAUUUUUAUCACUUUGUCCUAUGUUCUAAUCUUUAUCACUGUCUUUCAACUACCCCAGAAAGAAGCACGAUUCAAAGCUUUCAAUACAUGUGUUACCCACAUAUGUGUCUUCCUCCAGUUCUAUGUCCUUGCCUUCUUCUCUUUCUUCACACAUAGGUUUGGCUCUCACAUACCACCAUAUGUUCAUAUUCUUCUAUCAAAUCUUUACCUUUUAGUCCCACCUUUUCUUAAUCCUAUUGUCUAUGGAGUGAAGACCAGACAAAUCCGGGAUCAUGUCCUGAAACUAAUUCUCUUCAAAAAACGUUUUGAUGAGUAG